AUAGAGGGGCCGCGGCUCCCCAGAGCGGCUCCGGCGGCGGUCAUGGCGAGGCGGCUGGUGCUGUUCGACCUGGGCGGGGUGCUCUUCACCCCCAGCCCGCUGGGCGCCUUCGGCCGCUACGAGGCGUCGCUGCACCUGCCCAGGAACUUUUUGCAAAAUGUCAUUGUUGGAGCAGGCCCCGAUGGUCCCUAUGCCAGAGCGAUGAGAGGGGAGAUCACCGUAUCUCAGCUGGUUUCGGAGCUGGAAGAGGAUUGCAAGAAGUUUGCUGCCUCCUCGGGGGCUUCUCUCCCGGAGACGUUCUCCAUAGCACAGGUCUUUGAGGAUAUUAUGACACAAGGAAAGCUCAAUACUGCUGUUCUGCAAGCUGCUAUAACUCUCAGGAACAAUGGGUUCAGGACGUGUGUGCUCACAAAUAACUGGAUAGAUGACGGCCCUCAGAGACACAUCACGGCUCUUGCGUUCUCUCUGGUGAGGAGGCAUUUUGAUCUGGUGAUCGAGUCGUGCCGCGUCGGUCUGAAGAAGCCGGACCCUCGAAUUUACGAGUACGCGCUGGGCGUGCUGAAGGCGAAACCACAGGAGGUUAUUUUCCUGGAUGACAUCGAUGCUAACUUAAAGCCAGCCCGGGAAAUGGGAAUAGCCACCAUCCUGGUCAAGGACACGGAUGCUGCCGUGAAGGAACUGCAGGACCUGUGUGGAAUUCAGCUUCUUGGCCAUGAAGAGACUCUGCCAAUUGCGUGUGACCCAGGAAACGUGACCCAUGGUUAUGUGCCAAUCAAGCCUGGAGUCCAGCUGCAUUUUGUCGAGAUGGGGAAUGGCCCAGUGGUGUGCCUCUGCCAUGGCUUCCCCGAAUCCUGGUUCUCCUGGAGGUACCAGAUCCCUGCUUUGGCUGAGGCUGGCUUCCGGGUCCUGGCUUUGGAUAUGAAAGGCUACGGAGAUUCCACUGCUCCCCCAGACAUAGAAGAAUAUUCCCAGGAAGAGAUAUGCAAGGAUCUUGUGGUUUUCCUGGACAAACUGGGCAUUUCCCAGGCAGUGUUCAUCGGCCAUGAGUGGGGCGGAGCUGUGGUGUGGAACAUGUCCCUCUUUUACCCAGAGCGAGUGAGGGCAGUGGCUGCACUGAACACGCCCUACAGACCUGCGGACCCCAAAGUGGAUAUCAUGGAGACGAUCAAAGCCCGUCCUGUGUUUGACUAUCAGCUUUAUUUCCAGGAGCCGGGUGUUGCUGAGCUCGAGCUGGAGAAGGACCUGAGCAGGACGUUUAGGAUCAUGAUCCGAUCCAUCAGGAAGGAGGACGAGCUGCCUGUUCCACUCAACUUCGCCAACGUCCGGGAGCGAGGAGGGCUUCUGGUUGGCAUGUCAGAAGACCCACCUCCAAGCCAGAUCCUAGCGGGAGCGGAUCUCCAGUACUUCAUCCAGCAGUUUAAAAAGUCUGGCUUCAGGAGACCAUUGAACUGGUACCGGAACAUGCGAGCCAACGGGCUGUGGCACCUGUCUGCAAAAGACAGGAAGAUCCUGGUCCCGGCUUUGAUGGUUACUGCCGGGAAGGACUUUAUUCUCCAUCUGAGUAAAGGCAUGGAGGAGUGGGUUCCCCAGCUGAGCCGGGGCCACAUUGAAGAGUGCGGACACUGGACUCAGAUGGAAAGGCCAGCUGCUCUCAAUAAGAUCCUCAUCAACUGGCUGGAGGAUGUUCAUGACAAUUCUUUGCUGCAGAAGAUUUCAAAACUCUGAGUUUGCCCUUGGAAGAUUUCAGCCUCCAACUUCCUGCUUGCUGCUUGUGUGUCGGUGUGGGCCCUGCCAGUAUCACACACCUGAUAAGCUGGGUUUUGCCUCUGGGUUUUGGUUUUCAAGCUAGUCACUGGGAAAGGUGGGGUAGCCGGGGCUCAGCUAGCCACAUCAAGCCGGAUAACUGCCUUUCUUUGCACUGGCGUGGGAAUGCAAGCGUCUCAGCGAGGGAUUGUAGCAUCACGCUCUGAUGUGGGGCAGUUCUCCUGCAUGUGUUGUGAUGCAAGACACCGACGUUUCCUAGCAAAUGAGGAGGCCAAAUCGAAGUCUCAAAGCUACAGGGAGCAGUAAACCGAGCGUCGUCGUCUACUUAGCAAAUAAUGUAAACUGCAGAAAAAUAGAAUGGGGGGAAAAUUCCCUGGCUAGGAAGCGGCUGAACAUUUCAAGCUAGGAUACAGGGUUUAGAGGGGACGGGUGGCUUCCCAAGUGCCUCCUGCAUCUACAGCUGAUUCAGUUAUUGAUAAAAGAAGAACAGGAGUACUUGUGGCACCUUAGAGACUAACAAAUUUAUUAGAGCAUAAGCUUUCGUGGACUACAGCCCACUUCUUCUUUUUGCGGAUACAGACUAACACGGCUGCUGCUCUGAAACCCUUCAGUUAUUGAUGAUACUGAACCACUCAUCUGAAACCCUGUGAAUAUUUUGUAGGGUUAAGCGUCCACCUCUGGCAUUCAAACUCGCUGCUCUGGGUUUGGUUUGGCUCGGCCCCCAAACCAGAAAGGCCUGUUUUCUAGUUCAGACACGGCCAAUAACUUUGCGAUAAGAGGUGAGUGGAGGAGUUUUUGUCCCAUGAAAGCAGUUAGUGCCCCCUGCUGUCCACUGUUCAGAUUGGAGACCAGUGAUGUCAGUUCUGACCUGGCCUCGUGCCCAAACCUUAAACCUGGCCAGCAGCUAGUCAAGCCCUAAGCACUGCCUUGCUUGUGACCAGGGUUUAUUUUCAUUGCGAUUGAGGCUUUUGUUGUCAGUUUAAGCUGUACAUUGAGGGUUUAAUACGGGGUUUGCUGGAUACUAAUAGCUCUUUUAUGCUGCUUUGAAAACUUGCUUCUGCUUUUGUUAUUUCAAGCGUCUUUUGUAAACCAGCAACCAAAAUAAAUCCCAGAAUUGA